GAAUGAAAACUAAGCAGUUCAUUGUGAAUACGCCAAGUUCUGUGCUGGUCUUUGUUUAGUUAACAAGAUUUGCUCAACACAAGCCUGUGGUACGAAUCCUGUCAGUUUUUCAAGCAGUUUAAUGCUCAAGCAGCCCAUGAAAUAAUGCCCGGGAAUACUAGUGGACGAUCAGUACACUGAGACACAUCCAUGAGAACAAAAAAAACUUGCAAUGGACAAAACAUCAACAUCCUCCUGGGCUGGGACGGUGAAUGGUUCUACUGCUCCCACUGAAGUUCAUUCUGUGUUUUCCCAGCAUGAACAUAAUAUUGUUGCAGCCUAUCUAAUAACAGCAGGGGUAAUAAGCCUUUUAAGCAACAUUGUGGUUCUGGGAAUUUUUGUAAAAUACAAGGAGCUUCGAACAGCGACCAAUGCCAUCAUCAUCAAUCUGGCAUUUACUGAUAUUGGUGUCAGUGGGAUUGGUUAUCCUAUGUCUGCUGCUUCCGACCUUCAUGGAAGUUGGAAAUUUGGAAAUGUAGGAUGCCAGAUCUAUGCUGGCUUGAAUAUUUUUUUCGGCAUGGCAAGCAUUGGACUGCUGACUGUGGUUGCCAUUGAUCGAUACCUGACUAUCUGUAGACCUGACAUAGGAAGAAGAAUAACGAGCUAUCAUUAUGCAGCCAUGAUUAUAGCUGCAUGGUUAAAUGCAGUUUUCUGGUCUGUCAUGCCUGUUGUUGGAUGGUCAAGCUAUGCUCCAGACCCUACUGGAGCCACAUGCACAAUUAACUGGAGGAAGAAUGAUGUGUCAUUUGUUUCAUACACAAUGACUGUGAUUGCAGUAAACUUUGUGGUACCUCUGAUGGUAAUGUUUUACUGCUAUUAUAAUGUGUCCAUCACCAUGAAGGGAUACGGCAGCAGCAACAGCCUUGGGGGCGGAAAUGUAGACUGGUCUGAUCAAGCCGAUGUCACGAAGAUGUCAGUAGUAAUGAUUGUCAUGUUUCUGGUGGCCUGGUCUCCCUAUUCUAUUGUGUGCUUAUGGUCAUCUUUUGGGGAUCCUAAACAAAUUACACCAGCAAUGGCUAUCAUAGCUCCACUGUUUGCUAAAUCCUCCACUUUCUACAAUCCAUGUAUAUACGUCAUUGCAAAUAAAAAGUUCAGGCGUGCAAUACUUUUCAUGGUGAGAUGCAAGACACAUCAAGAAGUAAAUCUUAAUAACCAGUUUGCAAUGAGUGUCUCCCAAAAUCCUUUAACAGCAUAACACAUAAUCAAUAUGAAAAGUUCUGUUGAUAUGGACUCUUUAAUAAUAAUCCAUACAGGAUGUUCCCAGCUCUUUUUCGAUGUAAAAUAUCUUCACAACGAUGUGUAAGCAACAAGAGGUAAAAAGUGAAACAUGGCGUCAAGGAUGUACAAGGCUCUAGCAGUUUCACCACUACAAUCUCAACACUCUUCUGAUCAUGUGAAAUAAAUCUCUCUCAAAGUUCGUAAUAAAGAUGGAAAUCUUUCUAGCUUGA